UGAAAUUUGAUGGACCGGACCUACAAUAUCGGGUCGAACCGAUCCAGGUAAAUGUUCAUCUUGUCGGGUUUCCAUGCCCUAAACGUGUUUCUCUCUGAAUUCCAGAAAUUCUCAUUUCGCAGUGCUUGGAGCUCAGCCACACAUGGCGUCGCUGUUCAAGGAUCUCACGAAGCUCUCGGCGUAUCGAGAUAGAAGAUUCCCUGGAACGCAAGAUGAGUUUGAGCAAGCUCUUCUGGCUUCCACCACCGUUUACGUCGGGAACAUGUCGUUCUACACCACGGAGGAGCAAGUUUACGAGCUCUUCUCUCGAGCUGGAGAAAUCAAGAAGAUCAUCAUGGGCUUGGACAAGAAUACCAAAACCCCCUGCGGUUUUUGUUUCGUUCUAUAUUACUCUCGUGAAGAUACUGAGGAUGCUUGCAAGUACGUAAGUGGGACGAUACUGGAUGAUCGUCCUAUUCGUGUUGAUUUUGACUGGGGAUUUCAGGAAGGAAGACAAUGGGGUCGUGGUCGUAGUGGUGGCCAGGUCCGUGAUGAAUAUCGCACUGAUUAUGAUCCUGGUAGAGGUGGUUAUGGAAAGUUGGUCCAGAAAGAGUUAGAAGCACAAAGGCAGCUUGUGGAUUAUGGUUCUGGGUCUUUGGGAUCUUUCCCUCCAAUGGUUUCAACUUCCUAUGGUAGACACGGCAGAAACCAUGGUCACGGUGGUUCCCAUCGGCCUGGUAGAGAUUACCAUAGGAAGAGACACAGGGAUGAUGACCAUCACACAAACGAGUCCUCAAAAAGAACAUCAGAUCAUGAAUCCCGGAGGAACUCUGACCAUGAAUCUCGACCGGAAAAAAAUCCACGAUUUCGUGAGAGUGGAGAUUCUGAUGAUGAGGAGGAAGAUGAUAGAAAAAGACGGUCUUAACCAUAAUUUCAUACUAAACCAAGUUAUUUUGCAAUGGGAAAUUUCUAGUGACAUGAUUGAAAGUGGAAGAUUGUUUAUUGUACAUCAUUGCAAAUAUCUCACUACUAGUUUAACCUUGUGAAAUUCUUGGCUGUAUCUGCUGCAAAUGACACUUUGUUGCUGUGUAUGUCUUGUCACAAUUUUUUCUUAUCUUGGCCAUAAUCAGAUUUACUUAA